UUUUUGCCAAUAAAACGUUUUUCGGAAAUAAUUUUGGUAAAUCGAGACCGAUUAAAAGAUUUUUUUGGCUGUUAAAUUCACGCAAUAAUUCUACUUUUAUUACAUCACGCUGUAAAAAAAAGGAGAAGAAGACUCAGAUCGUUUGUUAAAAAGACUGAAAAUAAUUCUCAUAAUUAAAAUAAACUUUGGCUACAACAAAUUGCUCUUUUCAAAGGAAUUACCUACUAUUAAGUUGAUAAAUGACAUUGUUAAAAAUGUAAAAAGUGAAAUACGUGAAAAUAGGGAUAACAUAAAUGACUUCAAGUUUAUUUUUUGUCUUGUCUCUCUGCGAAAAAAAGAUACAAAAAAAACAAUUUAUUUUACGAUUAACGUCACAAAAUAUGUUUCACGUAGACGAAGCAUGUUUAUAAUAAAAUCACAAUAAUCUGAAGGAAUUCACAGAAUUUUCGUUACAAGACCAUAGUUUUAUUCAUAUAAGGCGCCAAAUACGCAUUUUCGGUAUGGUUUGGUAUAUAUUUAUUAUAAACUGACUUAAUUCUUGAAAAUAAAUAAAUUUUGUUAAAAAAGAGCGCUUCAUAUAAGACACACAAAAACGGAUUUUUAUGUUCUGUUUUUAUAUGAAAUUUAUACGAAAACCAUAAAAUUAAUAUUCGAAACAAAGAGAGUGGGUGAUAUGGUUUAUGUAUCAACCACCAUAAUUCCUACUUUCAUUUAAAUGAAAAGAGUGUUUAUGACUCUUCAAACGAAAACAGAGAGCCAUUAUAACCAUACCAUUCAUUACAGAGUGUUAGAUUUUGUGUGUGCGGCAAACGUUUUGUUAUGUUGGAGUUGUUGUAGUUGUUUUUUCCUCGUUCGUUUUGUUUAAUCACAAUCAUGUUUAUUCCCGACAACGUAUAUGAUACAUACACACACCAAAAGUUCGGUGUGUUUAAUUAAAUUUUGACGUGUGAGGCGUUUGUUUAUUGCUUUGUGUUGUAUACAUAUAACAAAAGCAUUGAGCCCAAUAAACUAUACCAUCGGCAUUCGAGUGUUAUGCCUGGAGGACCUCGAUGAGAAUACAUUUUAUCACCCAGACAGAGUUCGUUUUUUAUGUACAUAUACAUUCAAUCACGAGUCGAAGAACAAAGUUUAUGUAUACGAGAGAGAGCGGCUCAAUUUAGUUAAAGUCUGAAACUGCAAAUAUAUAGGAUUAUCUUGGAUCAACUGGGAUUAACACUAUAACAUUCUUAAUUGGAUUAAGCGGCUGACGACGACGGGGAAAAUGUGUGGAUGGAUAAGAUUACUUUAAAUUGGAUAAAUUACCUUCCACUAAAUACCAGAAUGUGGAAAUAGAGAAAUAUUAGUCCACACGUAUAAACACUUCAGCACAAGGUUCGGAAUAAAGAUGUUGCUGAACAUCAACAGUAAAAUAAACACCAAAGGCAAUUCAACGGAUAAUCCUUUCCGUUUUACAUUUCAAAUAAACUGUGAAAAUUGAACUGAAUUGAAAUUGUUAAAUAAAGUUUUUAGUGAACGCUAGAAAAAGAGGCAAAAAAAAACAAACACAACAAAAAAUUAUUAAAUUAAAAAUGAAAUUAUACAUUCUGUGCCAGUGUAAAUAUAUUUUAAUAUUUUUGAAAUUAUUUUUAAUCAUUUGCGUGAGCGGCGUACGAUGGGAUAAUUCGGUUAAUUUGAACGAUGAUUUUCGUAUGCUGUGGAACAUAGUCGAUCGUGAGGUGACAGUUGAAGUGCAAGUGAGGACAUUAGGGUAUAUAGGCUUAGGUUUUUCUAGAGAUGGAGUGUUAUCCGGCUCCGACAUUGCUAUUGGUUGGGUUAGUCAAGGCCAAACGUAUUUUCAGGAUCGUCAUGUAAAAAAGAAUGAUAUCGAGCCAAUUGUCGAUCCAUCCCAAGACUACGUACUGAUAAAAGGCUAUGAAAAUGCCACUCAUACUGUCAUGCGAUUUAAACGGAAAUUGGACACAUGUGAUACAUCUUACGAUAUUCCAAUUUCGAACGACACUAUGAGAGUCAUUUACAUGUACCAUGAAAGUGAACCGCAAAGGGGUCUUUUGAUACCAGGUAAUUUACCGAAUCCAGAAGUUGCAUUUAGGGGCUAUCGGUCAUUGUUCCUUACACAAAAACCACAACAACAUCAAAAUGUUGAUCCAAACAUGAAAAUCAUGGAAUUACGUAACCAAGAUGUUGAAUUACCUCAAGGAGACGACACACUAUAUUGGUGCAAAAUGUUUAAAUUACAGGAUAUAAACCAGAAGAGCCAUGUUAUUAAGUACGAACCAGUAUUUGAUUCAGCGGCAAGCAUUCCAUAUAUGCAACAUAUAAUACUGUACGAGUGUCAGGGGGCAUCACCCGAACUGGAAUUGAUGUCAAGGGAGCAAGGUCGCCCGUGCUACCGUCCAAAUAAUCCACCUUUAUCGUGCAAUGCUAUCGUUGCUACAUGGGCGAAGGGCUCUGAGGGAUUUUCAUUUCCACUGGAGGCUGGCUACGCUUUGGACUCGAAACAGACGAAAUUCUAUAUGAUGGAAACGCACUACAACAAUCCAUUGAGUAGUGCCGAUUCGAUAAAAUCAACCAAUCGUCAGCAGGCAGACAAUUCCGGUUUAAGACUGUAUUAUACGAGCAAUUUGAGGAAGCAUGACGCAGGUGUUCUGUCCAUAGGCAUGGACCCGAACUGGCGACACAUAAUUCCACCAUUCCAAGAAAAAGUCGUAUCCGAAGGUCAUUGCAUCGAAGAGUGUACACGUAAAGCGUUCCCCCGCCAGGGGAUCUCAAUAUUUGCCGUAAUGAUGCGAACACAUCUGAUUGGCAAGGAGAUAAAAUUGCGACACAUCCGAAACGAUGAGGAAUUCACACCGAUUGCAUCCGACAAAAAUAUCGAUCCGAAUUACCAAGAAUACAGGCGACUGCCAACGGCUAUCCGUACUAUGCCCGGCGAUCGACUGAUAUCUGAAUGCACAUACGACAGCUCGACUAGAGACCAAAUAACAUUAGGUGGGAUAACAACCAGGGAAGAGAGUUGUAUAGUCCUAACGUAUUACUAUCCGCGGCAGAAGAAGCUGACCACAUGUCAUUCAUUACCUAGUCUACCAACAGUUCUUCAUUCAUUGGGAAUACAAGAGCUCGCAAUUGGUUCGAAUCCAGUGUUGAUCGCGUCUCCCACAGAACUGGCUGGCAUGACGUUGGAGUCACGUCUCGUAACGUACGAUUGGAAAAAUCAAUUUGAUAGUUUUCAGCAAGUCACCAGAAGAGGGUCAUUUAAAGCAAUUUGCUGGGACGCCAAAAACAUAUUAAUACCGGGCACCGAAUACAUCGAAGGUCACAAUCCAAAUAUAACAAAAGUUUGGCAUCCACCCGCCAGCGAAUGUAUCAAAAGCAAUACAAAGUCUUCGUUUGAUCGUCAUCCAGCCACUCACCAGAAUGCCCACCACAACACCAAUGCGUCACCAGGCAAUGAGGACGAAAACAGUAAUAUCAUCGAAGGUGCGGCACGUAGCAAAGUUUCAAGAAGUUCAGCCACUGAAACCAUGGGUUUGAGUGGCUCUUCAGGUUUACAUCAAGCAUUCUUUGUCAAACAAUCAUUGGUUUGUUUAAGCGUAUUUGUGUUUACGCUUAAAUUGAUUUUAUAGUGUUAAAUCAAUAGGAAUCGGUGCGAUAAUGUAUUAUGUGAGUAACUCAUAUAACAUAGGAGAAAUGAAAGAAAGAAAAGAAAAUUCAGUGUGUGUGUUGUGUUUUGUAAUAUACUUAAGGGAUAUAGAGAAUGACGAUAUAUUUGUUUAUACUAAGUUAUAAAACAGAAAAAAAUCCGGUGAAUAAAGCAAAAAUGUAAUGCGGUUUUGAGAUAGAUAAAAGAAGGAUGACGACAACAACACAAUAAAAAAAACUAUUUCAUUUGAUGCUAUUCCUAUAUUUUACGGAUUGUGAAGAGAGUUUAUUUUCAGUUGAAUAUAUUUAUUUGUAUUAUAUGCAGUGUAAAUACUAAAAAAAAAUUGUUUAUUUUUUGUACUCAAAAUUUCAUAUAAAUGGAGCUCUAAACCACAUGAAAAAAAAAUUUUUGCUGUAUAUCUCCUCCAUACAAGAACUGCCCUAAAGAGCUCACAGAAAAAUGCUUCGACUACUGGUUCAUAUUUAUUUAUUUUUUUAUUUUGCUCCAAAAAAAAAGUUAUUUUUUUGCAGAGUACCAUCGAUUUUGGUUCAGCCAACUGAUAUGCUCGGAUAAUAUUACCGAAAUAUUUCAAUUUACAUCAAAAGCUUUUCACUUACACUAUGCACACCGACACAAUCAUUGUAUAUGUUAUUAUCACAAAAUAGAAAAUGUUGCGAUGCUAUUAACAGACGGACAAAAAAUGAGCGCAUUUAAACGAUCAUCCUCGUUUACGAUACGAUAAGCAUAGUAUUACGUGUUAAUGAAAUUAACAGACUUUGCAGGACUCGCGGAUGGGUUAUGUGUAUAAUAUAGCGAUAUACUCAUUUAUAUAUAUACAUUACGCAGCGUUACAUGUAUGUUUGGAACGAUUUUUUUUUUUUAAUUUUUAAUUUUGAAUUUGAAUUUGAUUCGGAAUUCGAAAACUGUUGACUGAUUUGAAGUGUAAUUUUGUAAAUAUUAUUGACAUUGCCGUUAAUUCGUUAAAAGCAAAUUACUCACAGUGAUGUUGAUGGAAAUGACAAAAAAAAAUCAUUUUUGUUUCAAUUAAAAGCGGAAAAAGUUUCGAUUGAAUCGAAAAAAUUGAUGUAACUUUGAUUGAUCAUACGAUAUGAAUAAUCUAUGACAUUGUAAUAGCCACAGAAAUAUUGAACGAAAUGACCUUAUAACGCCCAAUCCAUUAAAAGUUUUACAACAGGACACGGCUCUAUUCGAGGAAAAAAAUCCGAUUCAAAUUGCCCGUUGACUGUAAUUUCUUUGUCGAUUACAUAUUUUAAAAUAAUCGCUAGGUGUGUGUAUAAUAACCCUUAACCAUAAAACUAAUGCCUCUUGAUAACACCCACCCAUUACAUGAAAUUUGUUUUAAAAUUUAUUUUCGAAUCUCACUUUGUUUCAAAUAAAAACAAAAUUUUAAAAUCAGUUGCUUGCAAACAACAUUUUACAUACACACAGUUUUCGUAGCCGCCUUGCACAUAAAAGCACUAUACAUCAUACUCUAUUUCCGAUAAUAGGGAUUAACAAACCAUAAGCCAGACAUAAAGGAAUCUAAAUCCUUUGCCCACCUGUGUCUGGUUUGGAAAACGGUAUAUAGGUAUAAUAUGCAGAUACAGAAACCAUAAAUUCGAAACGAGUACGGUUUUUCGAAGAGCUAAAGUGAAUAUUGGUUGAGCAUGCAAACUUUUCAUAUUCUCCAGUUCUAUCCAUGGCAUACACUCACGU